GGCAGGUUGAGGAAAUCCUUCCCCCCUCCCUGUUUAUUGUUUUGCACCUAUUCUCAUCUUGUCAGAGAUCCUGUUAGCUAGGGAUCAUCGGGAUUAUCCUCUUGUUUCUAUUCUUAUUCUUCAUGGUUCGCUUCCUGAUUGUUCCUGAGCAUCGGCAGCCUAUCGUUGUCUUGGUUAGCGCCCAGGAACAAAUGGUGGAAACAACGGCCCCGCCAGCGUCCCGCGAGCGCUAAGAAAGCUAUUGGUUCAGGGACUCCCGGAGCAGGAAGAAAGGAAUCCAUCCGGCCCUGGCCCAGGUGGUAUUGUUGCUGCCCGCUCUUAGGCCGCCCGGUUGUUGCUGGCUCGUUUGCUGAAGCGAGCAAGGACCGCCCCUGUGGACAAAGACGCUCAACACAGACGGCGGGGCCUGUUUCGGCAGCCCACGCACCCCAAGCCACCAAUUACUCCUUUGGGCGUCACCCCCAUCAUCCUGAAGCGCCAACAGUCUGAGCGCCUACGUCUUUCUUCGAUCGUGCUACCUGCGACGUCUCUUGCAAAGGCACACGCCCACCAAAGCUCUGGGCAGAUCUCUACCUGUGCCUGGGGCUGUGCUGCCCAAAGACACACCCUGUCGUCUCCCGUACACUCCCCCCAAACCCACACAUACUGUAAUGCAUCGAACCAUGGGUCCUAUGCCGUGGGUAUCAAGCAUGCAUACCCACGGUGGCUGCAAGCGCUUCAGGACGGUGGCAUGGGCCAGGGGGCGUGGCUCCAGCGGCUUCGCCGUCCAGCCAAACUGAACGGUUGGCUAAAAGAUGCUGCCUUGAUACGGAAAGCUCAAGCCUCUUGCUCACCUGCUAUAUAGACGGUCCAUAUCGCCCACCUCUCCUCAAACACUUCCCUCCUCAUCAUCAGCAGUCCUUGUCCACUUCUUGUUUCCUUAUUUCCUUAUUCGUCAUAUAUCUCACCUAGAUCAACAGUCAAAGUCAUUCGUUUCCUUUGACCAAUCAGCAUUAAUACUAUUUGCUUCUUACCUAUUCGGUACCUGUUUUAUACAACGCUUUCUUUUCUCAACUUUUAUCGUCGAUACCUACACCAGGACAAUCACUUACACCUAUUGGACAUCACACCAACAUCUUCAAUAUGAAGACCACUUUCGCUAUCAUUGCCGCUGCAGCCGGCCUUGAGCAAGUCUCUGCUACUUUCGGUGGCAUUGGCCUCAACACCAACUUUGGUGCCUUCACUGGCGCUAAACCCUUCACUUGCCCCAGCAACUCCGACAACAAGUGUAUUGAGGUUCAGAUUCCCGGUUACGACUGGAGCGAUAUCCCCACUGGUGACAUCGGCAACUAUAAGGGUUGCAGCUUCAAGGGCUGGAAGUGCGUUCAGAACCCUUCCAAGCGCAACGGCCCUCUGGCUGCUCGUACCUUUGGCGACAGGGCUAUCUCCGGCACUUGCGGCUACGAGGAGGACGAGAACCCUGUGAUCUCUGCUGGUUCGGAGAUCGGAGACUUCUCCAUCCAGAGCUACCAUGUCACCACCGAGUUUGAUGCCCGUCUUGAGUUCCACUACGGCAUGCCUGACGGCAGCAUCUGCAAGCACAGCAGCCCUUGCUCCAAGGGCGGUAGCACCAUCGUCAAUAAGCAGUGCGGUGGCGCCAAGACUGUCAAGGUCGUCUACCCCAAGCACCAGAACCCUCCUGCUAAGAAGAAGUGCGGUGUCAAGAUCCACACUAUCAAGUUCGACUGCAGCAAGCACAAGACGACCAGCGUCAAGACCUCCCAGCCUCCUGCUGCCACCAGCACCAAACCUGCUACCACCACUCCUUCUAACCAGACCUCUGCCAAGACUACCGAGAAGAGCACUGUUCAGACCUACUCUCAGCCCGAGAGCUCCAAGCCUGCUACCACCACCUUCGUUACCACCUACCAGACCACCUCGACUGUCUUCACCACUUCUACCCAGACCAUCAGCAGCUGUGCUCCUAGCAUCACAAACUGCCCUCUUACCAGCGGCGGUACCACCGUUGUUACUGUGACUGUUCCCGUCAGCACCACCAUCUGCCCUGUCACUGAGACUCGCACCCACACCAAGCCUGUUGAGACCUCUGCCAAACCCGAGACCACCUCCAAGGUUGAGAUUUCAUCCAAGCCUGCUGUUUCCUCCGAGGCCCAGAAGUCCAGCAACCCCGUUGAGCAGUCCACUCCUGUCACUUCUCACGUCACAACUAUUGUCACCACCUACCAGACUACUUCCACCGUCUUCACCACGUCUACUUCGACCAUCACCAGCUGUGCCCCCACUGUCACCAACUGCCCUAUCAAGACUGGUGGCACCGCUGUCGUGACCGUGACCAUCCCCGUCAGCACCACUGUCUGCCCUGUUACCGAGACCCAGACUCACACUCGCACCAAGCCUGCUCAGGAGUCCCAGAAGCCUUCUUCUACUGAGAAGGGUGGCGUCACCACCACCUCUGCUGGUGUCAAGCCUACCGAGACUCUUCCUUGCCCCAAUGUCGUUCCCAAGUGCCUCAACUCCUGGCUUCACCUGAAGAAGGAAUGCAAGGACAACAUGGAUGCCGCUUGCUACUGCACCAGCAAGGAAUUCACUGACAACGUCUUCAACUGCCUGUACUCUUUCGGUGGCAACGAUGCUACCGUCUCUGAGGCCAUCUCUUUCUUCCAGGGCAUAUGCGCUCCUUUCAUCAACAAGAACCCCAACAUCGCCACCGGUGCUGACACCAUCACUUCCAUCAUCACUGUCACUGCUCCUCCCGCUACUUCCGUGGCUCUUACCACUGUUGUUGUUGCUACUACCGUCACUGAGCCGUGUGUCACUGGUGGAACGACCAUCCCUGGCAGCAGCACCGUCAGAACCAUCUCUACUGCUGUUACCGUUCCUCAGAUCACCAUCUCCACUGUCGCUCCCACUGGUGGUGAUAUUCCUCCUGCCACCCAGCCUACUCCUGGAAACAGCGAGGGCUCGCCUACUGAGGUUGCCCCUACCGCUGGUGUCACCACCUUCAUCAACACUCCUCCCGUCGGCACUGGAAACAUUCCCGUUCCCACCGGAGCUCCUCCUCCCGUCAUUGCUGGCGCGUCCAACCUGAACGCUGGCCUUGGCAUGGGAUUGGCUGUCAUGGCCGUCGCCCUUGCCCUGUAAAGGACUUGAGCAUUGCAUAAAAUCAAGUGUUGAUACAAAGAGUAAAAAGAAUAUACGAAAACUGGAUCAUGAGCGAAGGAAACGGUCUUUAUGGAGAUUGCAGAUAAGCUGAGCGGCCCGUGGUUGCCCAGGUUCUCUAAAGACCUGUUUAGGUGAUAUACGCUAGCACGAGUAGGAUUGGCUGUUAUUAAUUGCAAGUUUUUGAUUAUUGAUUAUAUACCCGUCGACUGAACGGAAUAAUAAUAAUAAUGUUGAUACAUUC